AUGAGCUGGGAUGACGAAGUCUUGGAAGAGGACGACGACCUUGUCGUGGCACCGACGGCCCAACUCAUCCAAGUCUGUCGAGGCGCGAUGCCCUUGAUGCAACCCCAACCUACAAGACGGACGCUGCUCGUGCACUUUCAUCUCGAGUCUCAGCAAUUCUUGCUUCGAGACCCCGAUGAACCAGUGCCACCUGCGACGAAAGAACCCACUGUCCCGACUGUCGACCGUUCGCUGCCGAUGAAAGCCACGUCGCCAGUCAAGACAUUGCUCAUGUUUGCCCCACAGCAUCCAAAACAAAUCAACCAUGAGCUUGCACCAGAACUCCACAAACCUCCCAGACCAAACUCGACCAAGAAGCAUGUGCACUUCGCACUCCAAUCGCCGAAACGAAAACGCCGAGAAAUGUCCACGAAGUUGGAGAAGACGUUGGAGGUUCAGGACAAGGAGAUGGUCGUCACGAGCGCCACCGAGAGGGUUGCGUCGACGCAUGGCACAACGUCACCCACCCCCGACGGUGGCGCAUUCGAACAAACCGCUAUGACGAUAUCAGCCAAGCCGUCGGACCCACCUUGUGUGCACGAGCAGCGGGUGAACACGGCGGAUCCGCUAAUUGGCGCGAGCAAGCCCGUGAGAUCCGACGACGACGAAGUUCGAUCGAUCUUGACAGCAUUGGUGGAACAAGCCAUUGCCAUGUCCACGCCGGCGCUGAAUCCAAGGCUCGCCGUCGCCAUGGAUGCCUUGGAGAGCAUUCUGAAUUCGGUCUACGAACAAGUCGAGUCACGCCGACGUGCUCCUGGUACGAGUACAACGUGCGUCCAAGAUGUGCCAUCGACAACGCCCAAGACGAUGAAGAACAAACUCGCGCCACGAACCAAGGUGCCACAACCAAAGACGGCAGGCCGCACGGCGACACUCGAGUCGUCCACUUCGAAACACGAAUCCCAUCGCAAUGAGUCCAUGCCAUUGAUCACGCUGGAGAUUGAAGGCCGCUGGGAACAGUGUGUGGAGCGCCUUCGACGAGAUCCGACCUUGCCACGACCGCUGCCACGGUUCGACUGGUGCAACAGCUUCCACGAUGGCCGCGUGCAUUCGACACAUGAAGACAAGGCACGUGGCCCCGACUGUGCAUUCAUGGAUGCCCCACCAGAGUAUUGGGACACUGACAGCGAUGCAUAA